GUGUUGUGACAGUAGCAACAGCGUGGAUACACACUCCUAGCCAUCACAUGUGUUGUAACAGUAGCAACAGCGUGGAUACAUACGUUUCUAUGGGUUGUAGCAGCAGCGUGGAUACACAAACCUAGCUAUUAUCCCUAUUCUCAAAUUCACAUACAACACGUCAACACCCGUAAUCAACGUGCAGUGUUGAUUCAGUGUUCACGAAACAGCCUUUGACAUGAGCACGGUGGAUGUGAUAUUGUCAUACACUUCUCGGAUCACUAAACCCGUGGUAGUAACCAGGUGAGAGAUAGCUACCAACACAGUUCUGUCAUCUUAAUUGUCCUGACGCUGAUGCAGGGAGGACAGUGAUACUUCAGGUUCACAGAAACUCUCGACGCUUUUGAAUCUUUGCUCAAAUCAACAACGAAACAACAACACCGACUUACUGUACAGAAACACAUGAGACGUAGUUAACGUGUCACCCCGUCGUCUUUUUUUAUACUACCCGGAUUCCCGCAUCACUGCACAUAUAGCCCACACUUUGAAGAGGAAACUAUAGACGACGCUUCGGUCGGUCCUGGAUCAGUAUCGAGGUAGGAGGUACGAGGCUAUAUGGGGUAAGCCAUCAGGGGCUCUCAGCACUUAACAGCUGUCUUCAGGCGCUCCUCGACUCUGCUCGACCAUAAGUACUGUUGUUGCUGCCAUCAUGAGUGACGACUUCAACGACGACGAUGUCUUCCUCUCGCCCUCAGCAGAGAUGCCAGCACUGGAGAUGGGCGUGGGUAUAGGGCCAGGCAGCACCCACUUCGUCAACGGCUCAAGACCUUCCUCAGGCUACUACUCACGACCCACCAGUGGCUUCAACGCCAGUCAGGACACCCCACCCACCUCUGCUGCUUUGCGAGUAGAAGAGACGGGAACAGAGAGGCAGAGGACUCCCAGUCCAACAGGGUACAGGGGCGUCGCCCCCGCCCCUCCCACACUCCCUACCCCUGAAGAAGACGACAUUAUACACAAGGAUGCAACCCUCUACAGUCGGGUAACACCCAGGUACCUACAUACUGCUAGGUGAAGAGGGGAAGCAGGUGCCAAAAGUUUCACCCGUGCCGUGGAUCGAUCCCGGACCCUCAUGUGAGCUGAGGACGCUACCAGCCAAGCCACGAACAUCUUGGGUUCGCUCUACAUAAUGUACACUUUUGGGUUAUCCUGGGUUAAAUCUACAUAAUGUACCUGUAUUAUGUGCCCUCAGUACCAUUGGAAACAAUAUUUGCAUAGUGUGUAUGGCACACAAUGCCUAAAUAGAAAUACAGAAAUAACUUAGGAGAGGGACGAACGAUGAGGCUCACCCCAGUUUGUAUAUAUUCUGACCUUCUUUCCUUAUUUAUUGUGCUUUGUCAGUGGUCCAAGUCGGACCCAAACGUCAUUACUUAGCCUCUCCUAAAGGCGGGUUAUUUAUGUAUUGUUCCAGUCACGGUAAUGUAGCUUAUUAUUCUUAGCCUAUAUACAAAACUUUCGUCAAACAAGGGUAACUUUUUAACAUUAUUUUAGUUAUUCCUUUAUUCAUUUUCUAUGAAUACUGAAAGAAAACGAACCAUAUUUUAAGGGUAACUACAGUAAAUGCUUCAGUUGCUAUCCAUCCUAUAUUAUAAGCAAUAUUUAUUUCCUUAUGCAGUAUUCAGAAUGUAAUUUACAUGUAAUAAAAUAUUGUUAAGCGCAAAAGAAAUCCACUAACAUGCUGUGGAUUUCGGGCGUAAGUUUGCUCUAUAAUGGGGUUUAACUGGCGUCAACUCUUACCAUCCUCGGAUCAAAACUUGACUACCCCCUCCCAUUCCCCAGGUCCUGUGUGACCCUUAGGGUUUAGCGCUUUCCCAUGAGUAUUAAAGAGUUCUUUUUGUAAUUUGAGGUUAUUAUUAUUAUUAUUAUUAUUAUUAUUAUUAUUAUUAUUAUUUAUAUGUUCAUGGGAAAACUAGAGAAAUUGCAGAGAUUCGCAACGGAACUCGAGAAAGAGGCUGUUUAAGUUAAAUCAUACCACGGGCGGGGAUAGAACCCGCGAUGGUUUGUUUGCAAUCGUGUCAUUACGAUUCGUGAGUCAUGUUGACGGCUGGGAGGGGACUUGAGCUAGAGUUCGUCACGGCCACACUAGCUGGAGAUUCGUCUGUAAAAACUAGCAUUUGUGGUCACAGUGGUGCCUAUGCUAACCUUCCUAUGGUGUAGAAAUAUACCUAGUUGGACGAAUCUUAUUGUGGCUAGCUGGUCCAGUGGCUAACGCGACGGUCUGGAGUUUUGAGACUCUCUGAUCGCGGGUUCUAUCCCCACCCGUGGUAUGGUUUGUUUUCAAUCGUGUCAUUACGAUUUCGUGAGUGCUGUUUAAGUUGACUGUGAAUAAGGGGACGUGGAACGAUUAACAAGUGCGUGAAUCAAAUGACUUAAACAGCUUUAAUAGCGGGUAUGACAGAGAUCAACAUGGAUAGGAAUGAUGGCCGGGUGGACGAGAGAUGGUAGGAGAGGAAGGAGCAGAGACUCGCACUCUUUCAGCAGCCACAAAUAGGCAGGUACAUGCUCUCUCUGUCUCUCUGUCUCUUUCUUUCUCUCUCUUUCUCUCUCUCUCUCUGUGUAUUAAUAAAACAUCUCGCUCACGCUACACUGGUUCACUGAUAAACACAAGCCACCAACGUGUUUACAAUAUCUCUGACCAGUCCACAGCGACACACACACUAGUUUCCUUUGAUCCUUUCUGCUCAUAUAUUAUUUCCAACUCUUAAUUUACACGCGCUUCCAUAAUUCACAUA